AUGCGGGAGGAAGAGCGCCGGACGCUGGAGAGCGCGCGCGAUGUCGUCACGACGGACGACUAUCGCGCGUGGACGCGACGGUGCGAGGAGUGUCUCGCGACUCUGCGCGAGAGGUGCCUAGACGCGAGUCGCCGAAUCUCCACGGGGGCGAGGACCUCUCUGGUCGCCCGAAUCCUGCGAGUGAUCGGCGCGAGGAACGAUCUACGGCGACGCUUCGAGCGGGAGGGCGCGGGUGUCGCGAGACGCGAGGACGACGGCGGUAGCGGGGUCGAGUCGCGCGAGGGAUUCUCGUGGUCCGAGGUCGAGACGGCUUUCAAGAGACGCGUGUUGACCGGCGCUGUGAUAAAUCUCGAUUACAUCGAACUUCUGAGAUUUCUCGAGGACGCGAGGGACACCGUGCUCCGCCGCGUGCGCGACGUCAUGGGCCGAUAUCGCAGCGUUAAAGUGAACACAACGUUCAACGGAGAAUUCGUGUCGGGCGAUAAAAUCGCCGUUAAGACGAUCGCCACGAGAAACCAUCCCCUUCUACCCACGACGGAUCUGCGCGAGUGGUACGAUACUCGCGUCGUCGGCGAUACCGUCGCGUCUUUGGAGGAGUUUCAAGAGCGCGACAGUGGAUGGGCCCUGUCGCGCAUACUCGAUCUAACGGUGAACGUGAACGUGUACAAUCCCAUGCGGGCGGGAUGCCACGUGCGAGUACCGCGAGAGAUUCAAACGAAGAGAGCGGUGAUGAACGUGCGAUCCGACGACGAGGCGUGUUUCGCGUGGUCGGUGGUCGCCGCUCUGUAUCCCGUGGAUAAGCACUGCGAGAGAAGCUCGCGAUAUCCGCAUUACUCCGAGGUGUUGAAUCUGGAGGGCUCGAAGUUACCUAUGACUCUGAACGGAAUCGGACGGUUCGAGCGUCUGAACGAUAUAUCGGUGAACGUGUACACCGUCGGAGAGAGACGACGCGGGAAGGACGGUGACGGCGGGAUUCGCAUCGUCCCUCUUCGUCUGACGGAUCGAAAGAGGGAGAGACACGUCAAUCUGCUGUAUCUGAGCGAUGCGACGCGCGAGGGUAACGCGGUCGGACAUUUCGCCUGUAUUCGAGAUCUGUCUCGUCUGAUCGGCUCGCAGUUGAGCAAGCGACAGCACAGGACGCACGUGUGCGAUCGAUGCAUGCAUUACUUUCGCACGAGCGAGAAGCUGUCGGCGCACAGCGAGGAUUGCGGCAAGCUGAACGAUUGCGCGAUCGUUCUUCCCGGCGAGGACGACAGGUGGCUGGAGUUCGAGCAUCAUUCGAGAAAGGAGCGAAUUCCGUUCGCGGUGUACGCCGAUCUGGAGUGCGCGUUGGAGAGGAAGGAGGGGGACGAAGGCGGGAGAACCAAGAAUACGCGGAUCGUUCAGCAUCACAGAGUUCACAGCGUGGCCUAUUACACGCGUUGCUCCUUCGACGACGCCGCGUCGGCGUACGGAUCUUAUCGCGGCGAGGAUUGCGUCGCGUGGUUCGUGCGCGAGCUGCGCGAUCUGGCGCUUCGCGCGAAGGUCGCCCUCGACGCCGUGGUACCGAUGGCGGAUCUGACGUCUGACGAGCGGGAGACGUUCGCGGGCGCGUCGCGCUGUCACGCGUGCGAGAGACCGUUCGAGGCCGACGACGCUCGCGUGCGCGAUCACUGUCACUUGACCGGCCGUUUCAGAGGUCCGGCGCAUUCCGCGUGUAAUUUGAAUUACAAGGACCCCUACGUCAUACCCGUAUUCUUUCACAAUCUAUCGGGUUACGACGCACACUUCAUUAUCAAGGAUGUGGCUAACGCGUAUCCCGGCAGCGUCGAGUUGUUGCCGGUGACGAAGGAAUCGUACAUAGUUUUCUCUAAGACCGUUCGAGAUAGCGCGGCGGCGGCGGAGGGAGACGGGGGAAACGCCGCGCGUUCCAGAUACAUCAAAUUACGAUUCGUGGACUCGUUCAAGUUUUUAGGCGCCGGUUUCGAUAAGCUGGCGUCGUAUCUCGACGAGAGCAAACUGACGAUCGCGCGAGGCGAGUUUCGCGAUCUCUCGGACGACGACUUCCGGCUUCUCACGCGCAAGGGCGUGUUUCAGUACGAGUACGUCGACAGCGUCGAGAGAUUGCGGGAGACGCGUCUCCCGCCGCGCGAGUCCUUCUACAGUUCUCUGACCGGCGAUAUCGUAUCGGAGAGCGAUUACGCGCACGCGACGCGCGUCUGGAAGCGAUUCAGCGUCGAAAAUCUAGGCGAGUACAGCGAUCUCUAUCUGAAGACCGACGUUCUUCUGCUCGCGGACGUGUUCGAAAAUUUUCGCGCCGCUUGUUUGGAGAGUUACGGUUUAGAUUCCGCGUACUACUUCACGUUGCCGGGAUACACGUGGGACGCGAUGCUCAAGUACACGGGGGUCCGUUUCGAGCUGCUCACCGAUAUCGAUAUGAUGAUGUUCGUGGAACGCGGAAUACGCGGCGGUCUGAGUCAGUGCUCCAACAGAUACGCUCGCGCUAACAACAAGUACAUAAGCGCGUACGAUCCGUCGCGACCGUCGAUCUAUCUGAUGUAUCUCGAUAUCAACAAUCUGUACGGUUGGGCGAUGUGUCAGCCGUUGCCGUACGAGCGAUUCGAGUGGGUCGACGACCUCGAGAGUCUCAACGUGAUGUCCGUGACGGAGGACUCGACCGUCGGCUACAUUCUCGAGGUCGAUCUCGACUAUCCGGCCGACGCGCACGACGCUCACGCCGAUCUACCGUUUUGUCCCACGCGCGAUAAGCCGCCGGAGAAGCGGCAGAGCAAACUCCUAGCCACGCUGUACGAUAAGCGCCGAUACGUCACGCACUAUCGCAAUCUGCAGCAGUGCUCGCCGUGGUUACGCGGAUACGUGGAACUUAACACGCGUUUACGCACUAACGCGAGUAACGAUUUCGAGAAGAAUCUGUACAAGUUGAUGAACAACGCCGUCUUCGGCAAGACCAUGGAGAACGUGCGCAAUCGCGUGGACGUUCGAUUCGCGACUCGAUGGGACGGUCGAUUCGGAACCGAGGCGCUCAUCUCCAAGCCGAAUUUUCACAGUAGAAGCGUAUUCUCGGAGAAUCUCAUGGCCGUGGAAUUGCGCAAAUUGGAGGCGAAGAUCGACAAACCGAUCUACGUAGGCAUGUCGAUUCUCGAUAUAUCCAAGAUUCGUCUGUACGCGUUUCACUACGAAUACAUGUCGCCGCUCUACGGCGAUAAGUGUAAGAUAUUGUACACCGACACGGACAGUCUCAUUUAUAGCGUAGAGUGCGAGGACGCGUACGAGCGAAUGAAGCGCGACAUCGAUAGAUUCGACACGAGCGAUUACGCCGUCGACAAUCCCUACGGCGUGCCGCGCGCGAAUAAGAAGGUUCUCGGUCUGAUGAAGGACGAAAACAACGGCGCUCUCAUGCUCGAGUUCGUCGGGCUCAGAGCGAAGAUGUACGCGUUGCGAGUCGAGGGUAGGGGCGACACUAAGAAGAGCAAGGGCGUGAGGAGCAGCGUCGUCGCGAGAACGCUGACGUUCGACGAUUACGAGCGCUGCCUGAGACGUGAGAUCGAGAUGACUCGCGAGCAGUCGUGCCUGAGAUCCAAGUUACACGAGGUGUACACCGUGCGCGAGUCGAAGGUCGCGCUCAGUCCGUACGACGAUAAGCGCUACGUCGUGCCGGAUUCGACCGACACUGCCGUGGAGGCACUACAGGAUACCUCUGUGAGGAGAGGCGCGGAUAGAUCUUAA